GGUUCAACACGUUGUUUGUUCGCAGUUUCCCCAGUCUACCUUGUAGCUAUACUAGAGCUCGACGCAACAAACUGACGUGACGUUUCCGAAGUUUACACUGUUUCACAAGGCAACAGUACCCCACCCAUUACGGUGGUUCAACUUCUGUCUAGGAGACAACCACUAACAAGUUUUAAGUUCGAUUUCUACAUAUAGCUGUCCUGGAAUAAGAGGUGGUUACCGGGAUACAUACACAAUGAAACUGGUGUGGACGGCAAUCAUCUGGAUCAGCAGCUUUGUCAUGGUAUCUCUUUCUGAGGACUCAACAACUUACAACUAUCCAUGUGGUCGUGGCUGCUAUAACUGCACUCCUUGUGGACUCGGCUACGGAGUCGAGACGCCAUGCAAUGGUCACAAUCCACCCAAAUGCAUAAAAUGUAUAACCGGCUCCAACUACUCUGACAUCGAAGUCAAUUACAUUGAACCCUGUCAGCAGCUUCAAUCCGAAUCAACAGUGAUCUGUCCACCAAACAAACAUCACGCAACCGAUUCAAUCUAUGGCAUACACUGUGUUUGUCUCCCAGGCUACGUUCCAAAUCUUGAACAGAGAUGCUAUAAGCCAAUACAUCCAAAGCCAACAAGCAGUCGCAAUGUACACUCAAAAUCAAUCCACAGUCCAGCCACAUCCACAGAACCGGUUGUACGUAGUACACAAGUUCAAGAAAGUAUUCGAACACAUCCAACUCCAUCUACUGAACAACACGCUAGCAAGUGGAUUAUAAUGAGCACACAAAGUAAAGCAACACAUGCAGAGCCAUCAAGGAGAAGCAAAUUUCAAUCAAAAUCAAUCUACAGUCCAGCUGCAUCAACAGAACCAGUUGUACAUAGUACACAGAUUCAAGAAAGUAACCAAACAAACCUGAUUCCAUCUACUGAACAACAGCCUAUCAAACGGAUUAUAAUGAGCACACAAGGCCACAUCACUAGUCAAAUGGAUUUCUCUGUGAGAGCAACAGAGUCUCGCCCACGCCAAGAAGACAAAUCAAAUGGUAGCACACUGCCAUCUUGGGCUAUUGUUAUUGUUAUCAUAGUCGGAGGCAUAGUGUUCCUGUUAGUCUCAGCCAUUGUAGCUCACUUCACAAAACGUCAAAGAUCUGGAGAAGAGUUAGCAACUGAUGAAGACACAGUUGGACUGACAAGCGAAGCCCUAACUCAACCGGAAGAUGAAGGUGUACCAAGAAAUCAGCAGCAUGGUGAACCACAAGCUGAACUUAUCAGUACAAUAAAACAAUUGUCUCAACCAGUCAUUGUACAUGUGGUGAGAAAACUUGACGCUACCGAGCCUGCUGAGCUGAAGCAUUCGCUAAAGUGUCUCUGUCACAUAUUGAAAAUUGACGAAUUGAAAGUUCUCAGUGCUUGCAAUAAUUUUGGUACAACACUAGGCCAACGAUUCUUUGACGUUCUCCUUCAAACACAUCCAAACAUGGCUAUCAGUACACUUGCAAGUGCUCUCACUAAUGAAGGAAGACGAGAUCUGGUUCUUGUCUUCAAUAAUGGGGUUGCUGAACAAAGUUUAUGUAUGGAUGAAAACCAGAUGAUUAGUCAGCCUGAGUCACGUGGACCGUACCAAGAAAUCCAAGAUCCAGAAAACGAUUCUGGGCAACAGCUUGUGGUCAAUGGAAGCAGCACUUGAACUGUUCACUGGAUGUAACAUAAACAAGGUUGUGUUGUCUGUUGAAGACAUCAUAGUUUGCAAAUUAGCGUGUGUGUGUUAAUUAAUUAAGUAACUCAGUUCAUUGUGGAAAUUGUCAUAAAUGUUGUCAGUUAACUAAAAUAAAACACAACAAAUCGAUGGCCGAGCUCUGUUGAUGAACAAUAUGUUGAGCAAUGGCAAAAUGACUCCACAGCAAUUUACCAGCCUUGUGAUUACUACAG